AUGCGUAUACAUUUGAUCUGUGCAUUAUUUUUGGUUUCAGCCGCCUGCGCCAAAUCCCCAUCAUCAAAAUCAUCGUCAGAUGUGGUGAUUAUAACUGAUACCAAUACAAACCCUGGGGCCAAGACUUCGACAACCUCCACGGCUUCAGUAUCUUCAGCAUCUUCGAAAACUUCUUCAGACCCAUUGAUAACAUCAUUGGCCACAUCCAAAGUCUCGUCACAUAGCUCGUCUUCUACUGUUCUUAAUGCAGCAGAGAGUGCUAUCCAGGCAACAGAUGCCUACGUCGUCAGCAUCUUGAGGGAUAGAGAAGCAUUAUAUUCAUUUUUGCAGAACACUGCAGAAGCCCUUUCUUUCUACCAAGGUGCAUAUGAACUGAAAUACGGCACAGCAUGGUCUGAGGCUAUAGUUUCAGAUUUAAAUAAAGUGACAGCCAGUAACGGUGCAUCAUCGAUUCUUGUAGCUUAUGAAUCACUUGUACCGCAGAUUACAGCCAAUCCUGAGUCUGACACCGAAAGGUAUGCAAGUCUCUUAUCAGAAUUUGAAUCUGCUCAAACGGCAUGGCUGCAAUUCUUCACCCCCUCGGCUAGUUCGGCGAGCACCGAUGGUCAAGCUGUAGUAUCAUGGGUGACGGCGACUGCCUCUGCUGUUACUACGGUAUCGAUGCUUGAAGUCGCGACGACCGCAUCAAAGGGAGGAUCCGCAUCAAAGUUUGUUCCAUUAUUUGGACUACUUGGAGGCGUGGCUGUAGUACUACUUUAG